AUGCCCGCCGACAUGUCUAUGAUUCCCUAUAACGGAGGAAACCUUGAUGUUGUUUUGCGGCACAACGACUCGGUGGUUGUCUUUGACCAUGAUUCUCAGCAGCUCGUUCUCCGCAAUACGUCAGAUGAAGACAUUGACCAUUUGGAGCUAGCCAACUGCCCAUUCUGCCAUCGCUCAAUGCGCGAGAAUAGCAGAGAACGACAUUGUGGGGAUACUGAGCCCGAAGGCGAAUUUAUUAACCCAAACUACUUUCACAUGCUCAACAAUAGCCUCCCCAGCUCUGCAACAUCCUCGACUCCUCCUUCUCCACGCCAUCGCCUUGUUCAGCCUGCGCUACCCCGUCGGCCUAUUAAUAACGCGUCCGUCCAACCUACAUCAUCUCCACAACCACCGCCACAGCCCUCACCACAGGGAAUUUCCUCUGCAGCAUUCAGUCCAGAUUACUUCAAGAGGUUCUUUGUGGAGGAACGAGUGUUAGGCAAAGGUGGAAAAGGAGUGGUGCUGCUAGUGAAGCAUGUCCUGGAUAGUGUGUCUCUUGGUCAUUAUGCCUGCAAGCGCGUGCCCGUCGGCGACGAUCAUGAGUGGCUAGAAAAGGUUCUGGGUGAAGUGCAGCUGUUGCAGCAUCUCUCACACCAGAAUCUUGUCUCGUACCGUCAUGUCUGGCUGGAGAAUGCAAAGAUAAGCACCUUCGGUCCGAGUGUGCCUUGCGCAUUUAUUCUACAGCAAUACUGCAAUGCCGGGGAUUUGCAUGAUUACAUCUGUGGCUCUGUUCAAACCUCCACCACUGCGCAGCAAUUAAAGGACCGCCUUCGCCGUAAAUCCAAAGGCGAACCGGACCCUCGAAGCAAACUCGGAGGAGCUCGUACACUUCAACUAGACGAGAUAUAUUCCUUCUUCCGUGAUAUCACCUCUGGACUCCGUUAUCUUCACGCUAAUGGAUACAUCCAUCGUGACCUAAAACCAAACAACUGCCUGCUGCACGAGACCGGUGAUGGCAUCAGAGUUUUAGUCAGUGAUUUCGGUGAGGUGCAGUCUCAAAAUGCAAUGCGCAUGUCUACUGGUGCAACUGGUACUCUUUCAUACUGUGCACCCGAAGUUCUUCGUCAAGAAUAUCCUGGCGGACCAUUCGGCAAUUUUACGUUCAAGUCCGAUAUUUUUUCCCUCGGAAUGAUUCUUUACUUUCUAUGUUUCGCAGCUCUUCCAUACGCGAAUGCCGACCUCAUUAACGAAGAAAAAGAGGACUUGGAUCAGCUUCGUGCAGAGAUCACCAGCUGGGCUGGAUUUGACCACGCACGCGCUAUCCGCUCCGAUCUCCCCGAAAAGCUGUAUAAGUUCCUAGAGCGCUUGCUCUCGGUUGAUCCCAGUCGACGGCCCUCAGCUGACGAGGUGUUAAAUGGAAUCCAAGUCGGCGCAAAUUCAAAUGAGAACUUCCGCUUCAGAAAAGCCAGCUCGGGAAGCUCCGACCUGCCUGGGGCGGCUCGGAUCCGCCCAUUGGAUAGCCAGCAGCCAUCUGUAGAGCGAGCACUCUCUCCCACCAAAAGUUUGCACCGAAACCCAGCAUCUUUCCGGGGUGACUCGAUGUCUGACUCUAGUCAUUUUCGAAGCAAUACGGCGCCUGUGUCUGACACCAACCCAGAGGGCCCUUCUGCUAGCCCAGAUCAAGACAUGAUCAUCCGGCAUCGCUACUCUACUUCACCAACUUCUUCUCCAGUCCAAUCUCCUCAUGAAGCAUCAUCGCCCCUCGAUCCGCAGCCCCAGCCUCCGCUCCCUCAACAUCAUCUCCUCCCACCCCCACCGAGUCGUUUCCCCUUCCUUAAUUACCUGACAUCUUUGAACCCAUUGCUAUCCUCGCCUGUCUUACAACUCACUCUCUUCCUUGUCAAGAUCAUAUCCCUUCUUCAUCCAUGUUCACCGCUGGCCGUCAACCCUUGGAUCCUUUACCCUCUCCUUCUCUCUGCAGCAUUUACUUUGAGAGCCCGCAGUAUCCAAACUCAGACUCUUGCCGUCUUUUUACACUUACUGGUCGUCGGGCUGGGUUUCCGUCUAGGCGCCCUAUGUAUCUGGCGCAGAAACUCGGAUAUUAAUUUGUGA